CUACGCAAUCCCCUCUCUCCCACACGACUGCAGGCAGCGACUCCAUCUCCCUGGCUCCUAGGACACCGAAGCUCCAUGGCUGCCCAGCUCCUUCCCUAGCCAAGCUAUGGCUUCUCCCAUGGCGCCACCCUUUCCCUCGGCGCCUUCCCCCAGCGGGAUUCCUCCUCUCCCAUGGAAAUCAGCAGCCCCCUUCUUCCUCAACUCGGACCCGUACAACAGGGGCUUUCUUCCCCACAGUCGGUCGUCGUUCUCCUGGCCCUGCUCCACGACGCCCUUCUUCUCCAGGCCGGUGUGCAGGCCCUCUUCCUCCUCAUGCCGAGAGUCCCUGCCUCCCCUUCUCCCCCUCUGCACCAUGGCCGGUUCCUUGUUCCCCUCGGAACCCAGCAGGGAGAGCAAGCGCCCCUUCCCCUAGCGAAUCCAUGAUGCUAGGAGGAUCUCCUCCUCGGUCGGCGCUCCAACCCGGCGUCCAUGGCAUCGGUGCCCUCCCUCAGCAGUGCCGGCCAACGUCUUCCACAGGACGCCGACGAGCUUUCCCACCUCCAAUGCCGGGACCGCGCGCGAGCAUAAGCUCAGGGCCCUGCUCGACCCUCUCGUUCGCGCGCAGGGUGCCCCUGCUUCCCCAUGGCCGAGCUCAACCUGCCAGGACAAGCCGCGAGCCCCUCUGCUCCUACUCGUCCAUGGCGCCCUGGAACUUCUCGUCUAGAGUCUUGCCCCUCUCCUACCUCAAGUAGCAGGCCGGGUGUCCCCAUGACUGCGCCCUCUCCCUGCUCUUGCCGAAGCCGACGUCCCCUGCUCCUACUGUCUUCCCCACAAAACAGCAGCCGCAGCGAGCUCGCCGUCAACCUCGCGCAGCAGCCGCGACGCCAGUUCACGCAGCCACAUGGGUUCUCGCUGUGUCGCGCCCUCGGCGUGCUCGACGAAAUGCCGCAGCAGCAGCAGCGACGCCCUUCGCUACGUCGCACUCGCCAGGACGGGCCUCACGCUAUCGAUCUGCGCAGCAUUUGCGCGUCGUCGUCGAAACCCGCGCCCCUUGUCGUCGUCACGCUUCGCGCGUCGUUUCUCGACAGGAAGCCAAACCGACAUGCAUGCAUGCACAACUCCACUCGGGUUUCAGCCAGGUUGUUCGCCUUAGAAAAAUGGUGGUUUUUGUUUUAUUUACGAUUCAGUCGAUGGCGUGAAUAUGUGCAUGAAAAUAUAAUUGUAUGAAUGGACGUGAGUAGAAAAGAAAACGAAGUAAAAAGAAACUCGGAUGUUUUUAUAUUUGAUAGGAAAAAUAUGCGAUGCGUUGUUUAAAUGUGAAAACUAAGUUACAAAAUGCGGAUUUUGUUUUGGGA